GCGGGGCGGAAAAGCCUGUUUACACAGACUGCGCACCGCCUGGGGAAUAAAGCAGUAAAGGAAGUGAGCCGGCUCGGCCUGACUGCUCCAACUUCCUGCUCUCACACACACCAGAGGGGGGGGGGGGGGGGAGAAAAAAGAGAGAGAGAGAGGAGCGAGAGAAAGAAAAAAAAAAGAAAGAGUGGGGAGAAAAAUCAGGAUCUCAUUACAAGAGCCGCAGACCGUCUGCAGACGCCUGUCAGCAUGGAAAGUCGGGGGCUUUGGCCCGGAUCUUCCUAGAAGACCCCCCUCCCCCGACCCCCUCCCCGAAGAAGGAUCUUGAACGCUCUCCCCCACAUCUGGGUAUGGAGAGUGCAAUCACACUGUGGCAGUUCCUGUUGCAGUUGCUGCUGGACCAGAAGCACGAGCAUCUGAUCUGCUGGACGUCGAACGAUGGUGAGUUCAAGCUCCUCAAGGCGGAAGAAGUGGCCAAGCUGUGGGGCCUCCGCAAAAACAAAACGAACAUGAACUACGACAAGCUGAGCAGAGCCCUGCGAUACUACUAUGACAAGAACAUCAUCAAGAAAGUGAUUGGGCAGAAGUUCGUGUACAAGUUUGUCUCUUUCCCGGAGAUCCUGAAAAUGGAUCCUCACACGGUGGAGAUCAGCCGGGAGAGCCUUCUGCUGCAGGACAGCGACUGUAAGGUGUCCCCCGAGGGCCGCGAGGCCCACAAGCACGGUGGCUUGUCUGCUCUCAAAAGCACGAGCCGCAAUGAAUACAUCCACUCAGGCCUAUAUUCGUCCUUCACCAUUAACUCCCUGCAGAACCCCCCGGAGGCCUUCAAGGCCAUCAAGACGGAGAAGCUAGAGGAGCCGUGUGGUGACAGUCCCCCUGUGGAAGAAGUCAGGACUGUGAUCAGGUUUGUGACCAAUAAAGCCGACAAGCACAUCACCAGGCCUGUGGUGUCCCUGCCUUCCACGUCGGAGGCCGCAGCGGCGUCAGCCUUCCUGGCUUCAUCUGUCUCAGCCAAGCUAUCUUCUUUCAUGUUGCCAAAUGCUGCCAGCGUGUCAUCUGCCUCGCCCUCCUCGUCUCGGUCCCCGUCUCUGUCCCCUAACUCGCCCCUCCCUUCUGAACACAGAAGCCUCUUCCUGGAGGCCGCCUGCCAUGACUCGGAUUCUCUGGAGCCUUUGAACCUGUCGUCAGGCUCCAAGACCAAGUCUCCAUCUCUUCCCCCAAAGGGGAAAAAACCCAAAGGCUUGGAAAUCUCCGCUCCCCCACUGGUGCUCUCUGGCACUGAUAUCGGCUCCAUCGCCCUCAACAGCCCAGCCCUCCCCUCUGGAUCCCUAACCCCAGCCUUCUUCACCGCGCAGACACCCAGCGGACUGCUCCUGACCCCGAGCCCACUGCUGUCCAGCGUACAUUUCUGGAGCAGCCUAAGUCCAGUUGCUCCUCUGAGUCCUGCCAGGCUGCAAGGGCCAAGUACGCUGUUCCAGUUCCCCACACUGCUCAACGGGCACAUGCCAGUGCCAAUCCCCAGCCUGGACAGAGCUGCUUCUCCAGUGCUGCUUUCUUCCAGCUCCCAGAAAUCCUGAUGGUGUCUGGCCACAAAUAAGGACUCUUUACCUGAUGAAGCAAAUCUGUCCCCAUGGACUAGUUUACCUGUGUCAUGAGAAGGACAUCGUGAAACCCCGUUAAUUUGGUUUGCACUUUUCAUAACAUGGAUAAUCUAGAUGUAUGUUAGCAUUUUAAAAACUGUUUUUUAUCUAUUCAAGUAUAUAUGAAAAUCUGUUCUGCAUUAAGUGGAUUUUAAUGUUUUUGUUUUUAUAUCCUCGUAGCUCUUAAGUGUUGACCACUGUUGACAGUGAAGACCCUUUCUUAAUAUACUAAUAAGGAUGUGAAGCUUUUUAUCUCUUUUAUUCUGCCUAUGUUCAACUGUGCUUGUGUAUACAAUAUAACCAGCUGUGCCUUCCUUCCUUUGAAUUUAGUUUUAUGUAAAUGAUUUAUAUAUUUUUAGUAUUGAGCAAAAAUAUUCGAAAGACAAAACUUAGUAUCGAACAGCUCUCUAGUAGAAUUGCAUUAUUUUUCACUAGUAGGCAACACAUGAAAGCAUACUGCUAUCACUUUUCCUUUACUUUUUAUUGUUUUCAGUUGUAUAAGAAGUUCCUUAGAACCUCUUUUGAAAUGAAAUUAAGUAAAUGUAAUGUCCAAGUAAUGAAUAAACUAAGCCAUAUCUAGACAACAAA